GCAAAACUUGUGGUUUCCUGCCGGAUGUUGUCACACGAACAAGCACAUUCAACUCAUGGGAUACGUUUUCAGAAGAUAGCACUAACGCCCUCAGGCAAAAAGCGGCGCAAAGACACACGACGACAACGACAAUGGCGGACCAAGCUAACAGUCAAAGCGAGGCGCUGGUGGAUGAACCAGAUCGAACUCGAUGCGGAACUGGGAGUACACGAGCCCUAGGUCUUCCUGGUGUCCGCUCAAGGCGCUGUCAGUCUGAAAGACCGGGACUCGUAAGUCGUGUAACUAGUUGUAGUUGCCUUACCCCUACCUCUUCUACAGGAAGAUCGUGCAAUGACGGCCAUCAGACUCCUAAUUUCAGCGGUUUCGAUAGCGCAGCAUGGGAACAGGUUAGCGAGAUGGCGAAAGAUCUAGCAGACGUGAUCACGAACGGCCGCGCCCCUACGCUUAUAGGCCUGCAGAAGGACCUCGAGGCAGUCGCCUCUCGCCGUAGUGGCUCCCUCGCUACGCCCAUGGAAGUGGAGUCUGGAGCUCGAAGGCGGGACUGGGCCCCGCUUUACGCCACAACUGGUCAGGUAUUCUACAUACACAUUUGUGCGCGCGGGUACCAGUACGACGACACUACUUCUUCGAGUGCCUCUUCCAGCGUGUUCUCAGAGUCGGAGGAGGAGGAGGAAGACGGCCCACAGGAUGACAGUCGCGAACAAUUUCUGGCACUAGGUGAGGAUGACGAUCUCGACCCCGAUCAACAGAUGGUGAAUGAUCAGCGGAAUGCCGACCUCGCACAUACAGAUUUGCUGCAGCAACUGGGAGUUCCACAGACAGGCCGGUCACGCACGCCGUGUACCUCUUCUAGCACAGCAAUGAGCAACAGCGAUGACAUUGACACUUCGAGCCCCGCAAUGAGUGGCGAGGGUUCUCAUUUAGAAGGCUUGACUUCCACGACGGUGAAUUCAGCGCAGACGUCAAGCGCCUCCCGCCAGUGUCCAUAACCUGAUGCAAAACGUGACGCGCUCCUUGGUGAUUACUCUACCGCAGACAUUUUUCGGGAGCAAUUGACGAUUGAUGGUGGAGGACAAGAUUACGGCCUUCGAACAAAUAAACAGAGCAGAAACUAACAUGAUUAUUCUAAUUCUGAAUUUGAUGCACGGUCCAGGAUCAUAGUCAGAAUGAUUUAGUAGGAGCACAACUUUCAUCAGAUUCAAGAAAUGGCAAAGGCUCUCUUCCGGGUACAUCCGAGGAUGAGACUCCUAGUCCUAGGCAAAACCGUAGUACUCCACCAAUGCUAUCACUCGUCCAAUUGCUGCCUGUUCUUUGACGAGACGGAUUCAUCAGGAAACUCCAAGGACAAAAAGUACUUCGGCAGUGGCACAACUCGUCCAACUGCUGCCUGUUCUUAGACGAGUCAGAUCCUUACUCAGACCUAGUUUGUAUUUUGUACAAAACAAGGCGAAGGCUCUAAUAUCGAGAAGUUGAAUUGGGUUUAGCACGUGCUUGGUUUCCGCAACAUUAUCGGCUCGGGUCUUUCGAGGCGGAUCCGCACAUCCAGUUCACUUUUUUCAAGAAAGGUCAAACCCAGCGAGUGCUUGAUGUUCGAACGCGCUUUAAGGUUGUACACGUGGGCUCGGGCUCUCGCAGCUCAUCUGUCACAGAGAGCGGUGUUGAGCCGGAACAUUUUGUGAGGCCACAUCAAGAUGAGCGAAGUUGUCAUGCAAGCCAACAUGAAGAGCGCAGUCGCGAUUUUCUUCCCUCUACUCACGGCGAGGACGAAGUAUCAAUAUUGAGCAUGCAAAGGCAUCAAUGGACACACCAAAUUGCUAUGCAGACGCAGAGUCGUCUCGAUUCGGUUGUCGUGAUGUAUCAUCACCAUCGACGUUCGCGUCGUGGAAGCAAAGAAUACAAGGCCCCCGCGAGUUCCAACAAAGAACUCGACUCUAGUGCUGCUACGGCAACUACCAGAACUAGCCUGCACCGAUUUGAGCUCAUGGGAUUGCAUGGCGGAUCACGGUUUAUUCGCCUGUGAGAGCGACGAGCAGCGACUCUUCUAAAGUAGUAUUUUCUAUGGAAAUAUUUAUAUAGCAGAGUAGUUUAUACUUAUAGCACGCAGGGUGCAUGGAGUAGCAUGGAGUGCAUGGAGCGCAGAGCUUUAAGGGGCGCAAGAAGCUCCCCCUUUAGCUCCAUGCUACUCCAUGUGAUCCAUGCACUCCAUGCCAUGCGAGCCGUGAAACCUUAUAAAUUGCUCUGAUAUAGUUCUACUUCUAGUUGUUCACCAAGAACAAGUUAAUACGAUCGGUUGACUUAUUUCUUACUCUUCGGGGUUGUAACCUGCUUGUGCUCGAGUUUCUAUUUCGUCGUAGUGAAGCAGCUUCGUCCUUGCAAAAUGGUUUCUACGCAGUAAAGUAAUUUCUAUCUUUUUUCCGUUUUAUUUUCUUUAAGGUUAAGAAAAAGAAUGGGUGUCAACCACAAAAAGCAUCCACCGACAGCAUAUUAUCAGAUCAGUCGUUGAUGAAGUAAGCCAAGAAUGUAAGAUUUGAGUUUGAAGAAAAGUGUCUCUGAUCGACUGAGCGUGACGAUCGAUGCUCCUGCG